GAGCCGGACUCCCAGUGGCAGGAAGGAAAAGACUUUUGAACGGCCCUGUUCAAUAAUUGCAGAAGAGCCUGAGCCUGAGCCUGAACCUGAGCCUGAGCCUGUGCCUGUUCCAUAUGUUCUGCAAGGAGAAGACAUCCAGGCACUUGAAAUUAAGGUGGAGGACCUGGAGAAACUUCAUGCUCCACGCCUUCCCCACGAUGCUGGGAGAAUUCCAGUUCAGAGGAAUUACCUUGUCCGACAAUACCGACCCAAGGAGGUGACACAUCUUGUAGCACAUCCUGUUCCCCCCAAGGCACCCAAGGGACCACUGACCUUUCCUGGACCAAGACAGUUUGAUGCUGGCUCUGAAGAGAUCCUCCCUCAUCACAUUUUGGGAAGUCUCCAGGAGUUGAGGAUGGAAGCCUUGGCCAGAAAAAACACUCAGCUAGCAGAUGCUAUUAAGGUUCCUCAUCCAGAUGUUACUGCAGCAGCUUUAGAAGAGGAACGUGGAGGAGAGAAGAAAAUAAAGGCACAGCAGGGUCAAGUAGCAGAGCACAAAGCUUUCCAGAACUGGAGCCAUCAUAUGGCAAUGAGGAAAAAACAGGAGAAGCACCUAGGCGAAAUUCUUCACAAGCCAGAGAAUGAAUUGCUGAUGAACAUGUCGGACGAUUACAGGCAAAUCCAGGAAGAACGUGACCUCAUUGACCGGUGUCUCCCUGCCCUAUUUCCUGGAAAGGGAUACCGAGUGGGAAGCGAGUUCUGGAGCCUUCCUGAGCAAAUUGGGGAUGAACUCACUGGGCUGACUCUGAGCCUGACCCGGACUGAACGUGGGUACCCAGAGCCACUCACUCAUGUGGGGAAACCCCAAACCAUCCAGAGGGAAACAGGUCUCAGGCCUCCAAAGAGGAUUCCUUGCCACCUAAACUGGGAUAAGAGUCUUUUCCUGAAACAUCGACGACAGGAGCUAAAAUCUCUCCUAGAGGAGCUGGGCUUUUAUAAGCCGGAUCUGGAAGGACUGGAGGUGAUUGGGAAAGGCCAGCCUUUCACAUCUGUCUCAGCUGAGGCUUUUCGACAUACUUCCAUUUCUGAAGAGAUUGAGAUCCCCAGUGACCCCUUAGAUGACUCCUUCACUGUGGCUCCAGAAGCUGAAAAGGUUCCAUCUUUAAUUUUCUGUGGCCAGCCUGCUCGUUGGAUCAAGGGCAUCACUGCUUGCAGGAAGGAAAUUGGCAUUGCUUCCCGCCUCACCUUUGCGACUGUGGCUAGUGAGAAGGCUGAAAGCUUCCUGACAGUGAUGAAUGAUGGCAGAGCUGCCAUUUGGUACAACUGGAUGAGGCUUCCUGAGCAGAUCCCCUCCAGAGAAACCAAGGGAGGGAGGAUGCCCUGUUUUUACUUUGAUACCAGACCAGGUGUAAUUUUGCCUGGAGAAAUUCGGAGGUUUUCCUUUAUUUUCAAAUCAGAGAGAGCAGGCAUUUUUAGUGAGCCCUGGGAAUUUAGGACACAUCCUCUGUUAUUAGGAGGAGCUCUGCUUCAGGUGACCCUUUGGGGAAUUGCUGUGUAUGAGGAUAAAUUGGCUGACUUCAGAGAGAAACUGGAGAACGAACUGGCUGCUCGAGAAGGGGCUGCUAUAGUGAAAGAAAGCCUGAAUGAAGUUAUUGACCAAAUUCGGACACCCGUGCACACCCCAUCUCCUGUGGAUGCCUCUGCCACAGAGGAAGAGCUGUUCCACAGGAAAAAUCCCGAGUUGCAUUAUCAGCAUCAAGUGGUAAAGCAGCUGCAUAAACUAUGGAGACAGCACCUGACUGUGCCUUCAGUCUCGGAGGAGGAAGUGCCCUUGGACCAGAGGAGCACCGCAGGGAACAUGGAGUACCAGGAGAGCACCUUGGAGUCUGCCUCUGCUCGGAGCAGCACCACUGGGCUCCCACGUGGGAAGCGCACAUUAGACGAGGCUGCGAGGGAAAAGAGCAUUGAGGAGGAAGAAGCAGGUCCUUCAGGAUGGAACUUGUCCUUCGAGGACUUUAAACAGGCUAUAAUGUCAAUCCCAGGGGAGGAGCAGCGGGAAGAAGCACUGACCCAGCUCAAUAAAGCAGCUCUGGAGCUGUGUGUUGAACAGAGGCCAACUCAGUCAGACCUUCUUUAUCCACUCUGCCUCCAGCUGUGGCGUGGAGCAAUUGAUGACCUGGUGAGUCACUCUCUGAGGCUGAGAUCCCUGCUUGGUUUGAUUAAGGAGGACACCUAUGUAGAAGCUGCUCCAGAGGAAACAGAGGGAGUAAAGCAAGGAGGAGCAAAAAAAGGAGGAAUAGCUACUAAGAAAGAAGAGAAAAAGGAUAAAGAAGGCAAAAAAAGUAAAGGAACAUCAGGGAAAGGGGUAGGUGUUGGAAUGCUUGGUGAGCCCUGA